UUGGGCAGACCCCUGAAGGGCCAUUCUCAUGUGGCCGCGGGUGCCAAUGAAGUCUCGGGUGCUGGUGCUGCUGGCGCUGGCAGCCCAACAUGUUGCUGCAUCGCAAGCGCCGGUGCAGAAAGUCUUGGGGCUGCUGAAAGAAAUGAAGGUCAAAGGGGCUGCCGCCAUGGAGACUGAAAAAGCUCAGCAUGCCGAGUUCUUGGCGUUCUGCCAGAAGACUCUGUCGGAAAAGCAGCAAGCGAUUGAGGAAGGUAGAGAUCGGAUUGAACGCCUAGAAGCUGACAUUGAGAAAUUUCAGGCAUCGGUGACAACGCUCACCAGCGAUAUUCAGACACACACCAAAGAGAUUGCUACCGCUGAACAGGAUGCUGAAAAGACCAGUGCUGCGCGCGACCAGGAGGUCGCAGAUUAUGACUCAACCCUCAAGGAGUACGAGGAUUCCAUUGGUGCAAUUGCGAAGGCUCUCGAGCUGUUGAACGCCCAAAAAGAUGAGGAUGCCAGCGCGCUGUUGUCGCAGCUGUCGAGCCCUUCCCGCCUUGGGAGAGAGCUCCAAGCGUUUUUGCAGAAACCCAAGGCCUAUGACUUUCAGUCAAAUGUGGUGGUUGACAUGUUGGACAAGCUGAGUGCGAAGUUCGUGGAAGAGAAAGCGGCUUUAGAGAAAGCUGAAGCCGAGAAGAAGACAUCGCACCAGCUAGUGAUGACCAGCCUCAAGAAUCAAAAGACUGCUGCCAGCGAGGCAAAGGAGGAGAAGACGGAAUUCAAGAGCAAGGCCGAGCAAAACUUGGCCAAUGCAAAGGCAGAUCUUGAGGAGUCCAAAUCAACACUUGAAGAAGACACCAAGUACCAAAAGGAUCUUAAGGUGGAGUGCAAGAGCAAGGCCAUGGAGUUUGAAACCAAUCAAAAGCUUCGGGCAGAAGAGUUGGAUGCCAUUCUGAAAGCUUCCGAGAUCAUCUCUGGCAGCACCGUCUCCGGUGCGGCCAAACACUUGGAACCAGGCUUCCUGCAGCGUUCCUCGCUGGCCAUGCUCCGUGCCACGCCCCGUGGCCACGCGGCCGCCGUGAGCUCGGCUCUGCAGGUGCUCCGUGCGGGGGCGACCAGCGAGGCACAGAGGGCGCUGAUCCAACGGCUGGAGAUGAUGGAACAGGUGGAUUCAGAGAUGAAGCGCAAUGAAACCCUGCAAGGGGUGAAAGAUGUGCUCCAGAAGUAUCUGACCAACCUCGAGUCCGAGCGCGCCAACGAGAUCGAGCACGAAGCCUUUUGCACCAGGGAGUUGGCCUCCAACAACCGAACCAAAAAGCAGAAGACGGCCAAGGUGGAAAGUCUCACAGCUGAGAUUGAUCAACUUGAGUCCUCCAUCGCAAAGCUGUCAGAGGACAUCGCAGACAUCUCUUCACAAAUCACGAAGCUCAGCAGUGCCUUGUCGGAAGCGACCAAGUUGCGCGGAGAUGAAAAGGCCAAAAACAGCAAGACCAUUGCGGAGUCACAGGCCGCCCAGGAGGCAGUCACAGAGGCGAUCGACCUGCUGCAGGAGGCGUUCGAGAAAACCGCUGCCAUUUCGCUGCUGCAAAUUGGCUCCAAGACAGGCGUGGUGACGCUCCUGGAGACAGUCCUGGGCGACUUCUCGCGGCUCGAGGCGGAGACCAAGGCGCAGGAGCUGGCGGCGGACAAGGAGUUCAAGGCCUUCAAAACGGACUCCAACAUGGACAAGGCCAGCAAGCAGAGCGAUGCGCAGCAUUUCACAGAGGAGAAGACGGAAGCGAGUAAAGCCUUGGCUCAGAAGAAGGCGGACUUGGCAUCAUCAAAGACCGAGUUGACCUCCGCGGAGGAGUACUUCAAGGAGCUUUCCAAGCAAUGCCUUUCCUCGGAAUCCGAUGGUGCCAAGCAGAAAGCUCAUCGCGAAGAAGAGAUCCAGAACCUCAAGACUGCCCUGAAAGAACUGGAAGAGUAGAUGAUCAAUGGAUAUCUAAAUUGAUAUCAAUGGGGCCCGAGUUCGGCCGGGCUGUUUCCCCAAUCUCCUGCUCAAUGGUGGAAGGAA